AUGGCCUCCAUAUCCGUAUUGCCAGAUUUGAUGUCGGUCUAUCUUCAAGCACUCGAUAAGACUCUUAAAGUCAUCAUCCUUUCAAGCAUAUGGCUCGGGGUCUCCAUUCCUCUCCUAUUCGCCCUCUUCUUUUUCUCUACCAGUCGCCUUCGCUGUCAGCCAAUGUUCAUAUUCAAUGUAGUCUCUAUUUGCGUCGGAAUCGCUAUGGGACUGCUGAACAUGCAAACGCUGGUACCGCCCCUUGUUGACCCACUACGUCUGGUAGAUCGACGCGGUAUACUGGCUUACACAUUUAUAAGCACGAGUGUCCCGAUCAUGGUGGAAUCCAUCCUGAUGUUUCGACUAUUCGCGGUCUUCCCUUACCGCCAAACGCCGAAACGACUAUUCUUCUCCAUCUUCAUCCCACUGGGAUUACUCAAGGCUGCGCGAGUGGGCAAUGUGAUUGAGUUCAUGGUGACCUUUGCGAGAAUUACACGGAGCGCAACAACAAACCAGGAGAUGGGGGCACUUUCGCUGAGACAUGCUGGUCCCAAAGUAGAGUGGUUCCUGCAAGUCGUCGAUAACACGACUGCUUCCGUCCUAUUUUUGUGGCGCCUUAACCUUAACAAAUCGCUUUCCCCGCCCAGUGCAACUCAACCCAGUCAGCUUCGUACCCUAUUCUGGAUCGCAAUCACCAACUUCAUCUUCCCUGUGCUUGUCAGUAUCACUUUGCUGGUUCUAUACUUCCGCGAAGGGGAUUACCUCAAGAUUCUCAUGUGCAUAAUCUCGAAUGCUUACAUUGAGAUAAUCGGUGUUCUUAUGGCCACGGUAUGGGCGGCGAGCACACACUGGCAAGCAGAAAACCCUUCUUGGAGCCCUUUCCCCGUCCCCCAAUUUCAGAAGGUCGAGUGUACUAUCUACACGUCAAAGAUCCAUUGGGACCCGUCUACCUCUCUUGCAGUAACACGAGACAUUCCCGUAUAUUUACUUGAGUAUUUUGACAUCCGUUAA